GGCGGUGGAACAACAAGAGCUUCAGAUCGCGGUCCGCCGCCAACAUUCAUUGAAUCGUUGGUGGUAGCAUGGGUUCUAGGUAUGUUAUGGUCGGAAAUCAAACAACUAUGGGAAGAAGGUUUCACCAAAUACGUUCAUCAAUGGUGGAAUUGGUUGGAUUUCAUAAUGAUCUGUCUAUAUUUAUGUACGAUUUCCGUAAGGUUGAGUGCCUAUUGGAUCUAUAGCUAUAUGGAUUAUCCACAUCGUUACUCGAUUCGUACCUAUUGGGAAGCAUAUGAGCCGAUCUUCGCUCGGAUCAUCUACUUGUUCCAGACUAAUCCGUACCUCGGACCGUUACAGAUCUCCCUGGGAUGUAUGCUGGUCGAUGUCGCCAAGUUCUGCUUCAUUUUCGUUCUGAUUAUCAGCAGUUUUAGCAUCGGUUUAGCUCAACUUUACUGGGAACCAUCACCUGACGCAAUCAGUCGGUCGGGCAAUGUUUAUCAUGUAUCACUGCACUUCGAUCAUCGUACUGUUGAACAUGCUCAUCGCCAUGAUGAGCCACUCAUUCCAAAUCAUCAACGUCAGUAA